UGUCAGUGCGGCUGACAACAAGAAGCGUCGCCGGGAUUCCUGUGAGGUGAGAUUAUUUCAAGGACCUCAAUAGAAGUAAGACUGUGAUGGAUUUCAGCUGCUAACCCAUGGACGCACAAGCGGGAAGUUCAGAAGAAUCGGAAGGCGUUCAAGAACGAGGUGCAACCUAUGUCUGGCAGGUGGGGUCAUCCCCUGUUACACCAGUACGAUUUCAUGGACUGGGAGGAAGAUCUGUGCAACAAGUCAGCCUGGGAAGAAAUCAUGGGCUGUUGCUCACAAGUGAUGGCGAAGUCUUUAGCUUUGGAAAGCAGCCAUGGAAGGAGAAUGCAGAUGAUGUUCCCUGCGAUGUCCCUUUAGUAGAGAAAGCGCUGAGUGGUCACCGUGUAAUAUGUGUUGCUGCAGGAAGUUAUCACAAUGGAGCAGUGACGGAAAAUGGCAUGGUGUACAUGUGGGGGGAGAACACUGCUGGGCAAUGUGCAAUUGCCAACCGCCCAUCUGUACCAGAGCCUAUACCAAUCACCGUAACUGACCAGGAAAGCACACCUCCUCUGUGGGUGCGAGUUCUGCAGCUGUCAUGUGGAGAAGAGCACACACUUGCAUUGUCCACCAGCAGGGAAAUCUGGGCCUGGGGCAGCGGCUGUCAGCUUGGAUUACUAACUUCAACCUUCCCUGUGACUAAACCUCAAAAAGUGGAGCAUCUUGCAGGUCGCGUUGUCCUUCAGGUGGUAUGUGGUGCAUUUCACAGCCUGGCCCUGGUGCAGUGCCCACUUGCACAAGAAGUAAAGCCUGUGCCGGAGAGAUGCAAUCAUUGUAGAGAGCUGCUAAUCACUAUGACUGAAAAGGAAGACCAUGUCAUUAUUUCCGAUGCUCACUGCUGCCCUCUUGGGGUAAUGUUAGCAGAGUCCCAACCUGACGCAAGGACUAUCAAGUCUCCCCUGUCCUCAAAGGGUAAAAGGUCCAAAGUGGAAGAGGUUUCAUUUCCUUCUGAUACGUCAGAGGACAGGAGCAGUUGUGGUUCCAAAUUGACAGACUUAGAGACAGAGGUUGGAACAGAUGUGGCCAGUAUGUGUGAGAGUGAGAUGGGUGGCAAUGACGACAAACCAGUAAAUGACAAUGAUGUACAGUCUGACACUAAUGCAUUCGCAGAACAGUCCUCUCCACAGAACACCGCCUCAGAUCACGCACAGAGUAAAGAGCACACGUUAACGGAUGUCGUUGACUGUCUUUUGAGUCCUGCAACUACCACAACAUCAUCCCUCAACAGCCUCGUCGUGUCCUGUGCAUCAGCUGUCGGCGUCCGGGUAGCGGCUACUUGCGAAGCUGGAGCUUUGUCGCUCAAGAAAGUCAUGAACUUUUAUUCUGGCUCUCUGUGUGAUGCGGGAGUCCAAAACCCUUUAGGUCCCGUCAUACAAGAGGGGCUGAAAGACAGCAGAGAAGAGCAAGUAAAACUAGAGUCUAUGCAGGGCAAGAAAAGCUCCAGUCUUGUGGACAUACGAGAGGAAGAGGCUGAAGCCGGCUGCAGAAGACUCUCCUUACCAGGGCUUCUUUCUCAAGUUUCCCCGAGAUUGCUGAGGAAGGUUGGGAGGGCAAAAAUGAGAACAGUUGCCUUGACCCCUACAAACAGCGGUGAAGCCGACAUAUUCCUUCCCUGCCUAAGGACGGAAGUCUGGAGUUGGGGAAGAGGUAAAGAAGGACAGCUGGGGCAUGGAGAUGUUUUGCCAAGGUUACAGCCUUUGUGCGUCCGCAGUAUGGAUGGCAAAGAGGUGGUUCAGCUGGCAGCUGGUAGCCACCAUUCUGUUGCUCUCACCGCCAAGUCUCAGGUUUUCUCUUGGGGAAGUAAUCUUUCAGGACAACUUGGGCACCUGCAGUCACCAACAACUAUGCCACGUCUUGCUAAGGUAUAUGAAGACGGCACUGUGUGGAGCAUAGCUGCUGGUCAGGAUUACUCUCUUUUUUUAGCACAUGGAAAAAAUGAGUACCAGCCUGUUGUAUAUUAUAGUGGACCUGGAAUAGUGGACGUCUCCAGCGGGGUAGACUCGGGGCAGUCACCAGUUCAGCUGACAGAGUGUGCCCAGCUGGGGUACAUCUCCAGUAUAUCGGCCGGGUCUAGUAGCUGCUUGGCACUUGUAGACCUAAACAUGAUGGGUUACAUUGGGAACCUCCAUGAGCUGGCGUCCACUGAGAGGGGCUUUUAUUGCCACCUGAGUGAUGUGAAGUCCCAAAUUCUUAGGCCUCUUUUAGGCCUAGACAACCUGGGCUCUAUAACCACUGUUCAGCUUCUACAAGACGUGGCUACAAAGUUCUGCAAACUCUGCUACCUGAUCGGCCAGCAUGGAACGUCACUCAGCCAUUUCCUCCGUGGAGCCAAGGAUGCACGAGAUCUUUCCAUCUUGGAGCAUUCAAAUAUCUUCUUGGAUAGUUAUACAGAGUAUUGUUCAUCGCUCUCCAACUUCCUGGUAAUGGGAGGAUUUUCACUUCUCUCCAAAUCAGCAAUGGACUUCUUCACUAAGAACCAAGGCCUUAUACAGAGUCUCUGCCAUGAGACAGAGGAAGGUUCAUCUAUUCCUGAAACACUUAGCGCCCUCUUCUUUUCACCAAUGACCAGACUUCAUGAAUAUGCCAGACUGUUACUGAAACUCGCUAUGUGCUUUGAAGUGUCCUCACCAGAGUACAAAAAACUUCAAGACUCAAGCACUAGUUAUGACGCUUUGGCCUUGGCUUUGAGUAGAAAGAAGAAGGAGGCUGAAUACACCUUGGGCUUCUGGAAGACCUUCCCAGGGAAGAUGACAGAUUCUUUGAGGAAACCAGAAAGACGUCUGAUCUGUGAAAGCAGCAACCGCGGAUUGUGUUUGCAGCAUGCUGGACGCUUUUCUGUCAACUGGUUUAUUCUUUUCAAUGAUGCCCUGGUUCAUGCCCAGUUCUCCACACAUCAUAUUUUUCAACUUUCUACACUGUGGGCGGAGCCUAUAUCUGAAGAAGUUGCCGGAAUAAAUGGUUUAAAGAUCACAACCCCAGAAGAACAACUGACGUUGGUUGCUUUGUCCCCACAGGAAAAGACCAAGUGGCUUAGAGCAAUAAGCCAGGCAGUGGACCAAGCUCUACGAGGGGUUUAUGAGCCUUCACCUACCACCACUGGAAGUACUAUAAGACAGGAUCCUCCUCUAUCGCGUAGUGCCAAAUACACCUUUUACAAGGAUGCACGACUAAAAGAUGCUACAUAUGAGGGCCGUUGGAUAAGUGGAAAGCCAAAUGGCAGGGGGGUAUUGAGCUGGCCAGAUGGAAGAAUAUAUUCUGGUGAAUUUCGGAAUGGCUUAGAGGAUGGGUAUGGAGAGUAUAUAAUCCCAAACAAAGCCUUAAAAAAGAAUGACCGCUAUCUUGGGAAUUGGAAAGAUGGCAAAAUGUGUGGUCAAGGCACUUUCUGGUAUGCAAAUGGAGAAGUAUAUGAAGGUUGCUUUCAGGAUAAUAACCGGCAUGGGCACGGGCUUCUUCGCAGUGGCAAAUUGACUUCCUCAUCACCUAGUAUGUUUAUUGGACAGUGGGUAAUGGAUAAGAAGACUGGUUAUGGAGUCUUUGAUGAUAUCACAAGGGGAGAAAAAUAUAUGGGAAUGUGGCAAGAUGAUCUACGGCAGGGCAAUGGGCUUGUGGUGACUCAGUUUGGUUUAUAUUAUGAAGGAGCCUUUAGUCUCAAUAAGAUGAUGGGAACUGGUGUUCUUCUUUCUGAGGAUGACACCGUUUAUGAAGGAGAGUUCUCAGAUGACUGGACACUGAAUGGGAAGGGCAUUCUCAGGAUGUCCAAUGGUGAUUGCAUUGAGGGACUUUUUAGUGGUGAAUGGGGAUCUGGUAUCAAAGUCAAUGGCGUCUACAUAAAACCAAGCUUAUAUGAAGGAGAGAAGGAGGAAGCCAAGUCUCUCAAGCUGGGCUGCCUUUCAGUUCCAGCUGAUGAGAAGUGGAAGGCCAUCUUUGAAGAGUGCUGGAGACAGCUUGGUUGUGAGGCUCCAGAGAAAGGAGAACCACAGAAGGCCUGGGACAAUAUUGCUGUAGAAAUUACAACAAAGAGGCGCCAACAACAAGACAGUCCAGAACCAUUAAGCCGGUCACAUACACAGAUGCUGGAGAGUUUGGAGCGAAUUCCGCAGCACAAUGGCACUUUCACCAUGGAGAAAUAUGAGAUGAUCAAGUCAUAUUUAAUGAAUGCUUGUGAAACCCCAGUGCAUCAGCUAGGCCGGCUUAUGGAAGCCUUGGUGGCAGUGUACAGGAUGACCUAUGUAGGAGUAGGUGCCAACCGAAGACUUUUACAAGAAGCAGUAAGAGAGAUAAAGUCUUACCUGAAACGAAUCUUUCAGCUGGUGAGGUUUUUGUUUCCUGAUCUCCCUGAAGAAGGCAGCACAAUUCAGACAUCAACCACCCUCAAAGAAUCCCCAGAUAAGCCUCAUAUCUGCAAUGGGAGAACAGGCUUGGAGUCUGAAUCUCCUGAACCUGGAUAUGUGGUAACUAGUUCAGGGCUACUCCUGCCUGUGCUGUUGCCCAGACUAUAUCCUCCCUUGUUUAUGCUGUAUGCCUUGGAACAUGAAAAGGAAGAAGAUGCCUAUUGGGAAUGUGUCCUAAGACUGAACAAACAACCAGACACCGCACUACUUGCGUUCUUAGGUGUACAAGAAAAAUUCUGGCCAACCAACAUUAAUUUCUUGGGUGAAAAUAAGAAGGUUUUGCCAAGCACUAAAGAUUCCUGUUUUUCUUCAGCGGUGGAGUGCCUACAGCAGAUCAGCACUACAUUCACUCCAGCAGACAAACUAAAGGUCAUCCAGCAGACUUUUGAGGAGAUCACACAAGAAGCACAAGAAGCACACAAGGAAGGUUUCCUCUGGUCCAUGGAUGAGCUGUUCCCUGUUUUCCUAUACGUUGUGCUGAGAGCCAGGAUACGAAAUCUGGGUUCAGAGGUGCAUCUAAUAGAAGAUCUUAUGGAUCCAUAUCUGCAGCAUGGGGAACAAGGCAUUAUGUUUACCACACUGAAGGCAUGUUAUUACCAAAUCCAGCAUGAGAAACUCCACUAGAUGCUGGUAGAAGUCUUCAGUGGCAAAAGGAAACAACAGAUUUUCUUAGAAAGCAAAGAACAUAGAAAAGCUCCGAAGAAGGUGUUCUGUGCUAUGUGCAGAGCUGUGACUGGUGGUGUGAACUUACUAAUUAUUGGAUAUGAAGGGAAAUUGCCAAUGAUAUUGCUCGAGUGAGGUGCCGAGCCGGCUCCUUUGACUGACUGAGCACUGGAGUUCUAAGCCGCUAGUUUAGAGUUAAUUUUGUAACUGAAGCGGUGAUGUUUUAUAAUCGCAUUUAAUAUUUUUAAUGUAAAAAGAUCAGGACCAUUCUAAAAGGUGAUUACUGUUGGUACAGAGUACACAAGCUCUGGCAAUCUGAUUUACAGCAUACCGGACAGUAUAAAUAUUGCUCUUAUCAUUACUUACUUAUGCCAAAAUCUCACCCGGACAUAUAUUAGUGUUGCAGCAUGAAGAGUACAGAAAUGUGUGCGUUCUUGGUACAUUUCUAAAAAGGAAAAUGCUGAACAGUAUGGUACAGCCUUUCCCAGUUACUGAUUGAACCACGGAGGUUUAGAGGAUUAGGUAAAGAUGGCUGCUUUCUUACAAAAAACUGUGCCACUCCUGUCCCCAGAUUGUGUAUGGAAUUGCAGCUCAACCCCAUUUAUUUCCGUGGAGUCCAGCUGCAAUACCACAUUCAACCUGUCGACUGGUGUGGCAUUUUUUGGGGAAAAAUAAGCCAUGUUUUUUUCUAAUCCUGUACCACAACCCCUUAAAAGCAGGCCCGUAUAACACAAAAUCUCUAUCUCUUUUAGUUUGUUUUGCUCUGUAUGUUUUACAAUCCGGUUUAUCACCUCUUGUUGACCUGGCUGCCAGAGGCAUGAGCAGGUUACUAAAAUAUUUGUAACUGUCAGAAAAUAUAUCAGUUCAGUAAUAUUGACCAUAAUCAUGGCAAUAAAAAUAAUAAUCUUUAUAUAGUGCCAGCAUAACCAGCCACAGUUUACAAAUCUGAAGGUACAUGUUCAAACAAAAUCAAGCAUUCCGUAGGGCCAUUGAUUUACUGCAAGGUGAAAUGGGAUCCCGUCGUGGUUUCCAUAGCUUUUACAGCAGGAUUAAUCUUACAUGCAACGCUGUUCUUGUUGUCAAAUCAGAUGACAUGAGUCGGAAACGGUCACUUACCAUGAGGCAUGUUGCGGCUAUUGGGUUUACAAGUAGCAUUACUUAUGAAUGUUCAUGCGACCAUUUCAUUGUAAGGUUACUUCAGUGUGUAACCUUAUGAACGUGCUACCGCCAAAGAUCUGAUAUCAUCAUGCAGUUACUGUACGGCAUACAGUAUGUCUGGCUGUUUAAAAUCAAGUUAUAAUAUUCUGUAACCUUGGCAAUAUUUAGAGGAGAAGAGCACAACCGAGAGAUAUUAGGAAUUGCUUUGAGCCGGCCAUACACCUAUUAAUGUCUCGCUAAAACCAGUAGGAACUGAGGCGUCUCCCUCUUCCUUAAUAUUGCUGGCACUUAUUAUGGGCUUCCAUUUAAAGGGACACAAAUUUACCACAUAUAAUUUACCUUUAGAGUUAUUAGUUGUGAUUGUUAUCUGCUGGGAUUUCUACAGCUUCCUACAUUCAGAGUCAAGCUGUGUAUGGCCAACCUUACUUCUGCACAAUCUUCAGUAUGUCAUAGGCUCUGUUCACAUUUGUAUCGUGCCCGCGUUUGUAACAGAAGCCACAGCACAGUGCCAGAUCAAUGGUAUGAUCGUCCCAUCGGCUCCAGAUGCUCCUUAUUGGUUUACAGUUACAUUCAGAUCCUUGCAUAGUUUCCAUUGAUUUGACAGAAAGAAUAGUGGUGCAUGCAACGCUGUUCUGGUCGCCAAAUCUGAUGCAGCUGCUGACAGGGCCUCCAGUGCAGACGAAAACUCAGCCUUGAUUUGAUAUGUUGUUACAUUGUACAUCCAGUUCUGUAUGGAUGAUUGUUAUAUCAGUAUUAAAGAUACAGUUGCAUAUAAAAUAAAAUACACCAUGCACAUAUAAGGCUUCGUGCACACAACCACAUAAUUUGCGGUCUGCAAACCGUGGAUGCCAGCCAUGUGCAUCCCACAAUUUCCGUAGGUACCAUUGUAAAAAUGCCUAUUCUUGUCCACAAAAUGGACAAGAAUGCAACAUGUUUUAGUUUUUUGUGGGACAGCACGCAGUGUGAUAUCUACACUUUUUGUGCCUCAUUGAAAUGAACGGGUCUGCAUCCAGUCUGCAAAAAAUGUGGAUUGAAUUUGGAAAAAAAAAUAGUCAUGUGUAUGCCAUAUUUUGGUCACCUGUGUGUAUCAGAUGCCCUUAUUUCUUGAAGACAUAAGCACUAGUAUUUUAUAAGCACAUUUAACAUUGCUAUAUUUUCAAGUUUGUUUCUCAUAAUUUAUUUAAGGUCUGGCUCCUCUAAAUAGGGGAUUUAAGCUAUAUUCACACUGUGUAUACACAGUGCCCUGUAGCCUCGACGUAUGCCACUGAAUAGCAUAGUCCGCUACACUUUGCAAGACAGAUUAAGGCUACUUUCACACUUGCGUUCGGAGCGGAUCCAUCUGGUAUCUGCACAGACGGAGCCGCUCCUAUAAUGCAAACGAUGGUAUCCGUUCAGAACGGAUCCGUCUGCAUUAUAUUUCAGAAAAAAGGCUAAGUCCAAUUUGUAGUCAGACGGCUCCGCCCAGACUUUACAUUGAAAGUCAAUGGGGGGCGGAUCAGUUUUAAAUUGCACCAUAUUGUGUCAACGUCAAACUGAUCCGUCCCCAUUGACUUACAUUGUAAGUCUGGACGGAUCCGUUUGGCU